AUGGCCUCAACAGAAAGCGCUCCUCUGCCCACUGACCUUCCUCUUCCGACCGAUGCUAGCCUCUCUCACGGCUCCCUUGCAGACCUGCUUCCGUCACAUUUCACGACCGACAUUACCCAGUGGCUUGCUGAAGACACGCCGUCCUUUGACUAUGGCGGCUUCGUAGUUGGAUCAAGCCCUCGGACAGCCCAGUUACUUUGCAAAUCCGCUGGAGUUCUCGCUGGCGUGCCGUUCUUUGACGAAGUCUUCCGCCAACUAGAUUGUACGGUGGAGUGGCAUCAUGCUGAGGGGGAAUUUCUAGAUCCUGCCAAAUCGGGAGGCAAGAUCAAAGUCGCUACCGUAAAGGGCCCCACUCGCAAACUACUACUGGGAGAAAGAGUUGCGUUGAAUACCCUAGCGAGAUGUAGUGGCGUGGCGUCAAAGAGUCGAAAGAUGCUCGAACUGGUACGAGGUGCAGGCUACAAGGGAGUUCUAGCUGGAACGAGAAAGACUACACCUGGGUUCAGGCUGGUCGAAAAGUACGGUAUGUUGGUCGGAGGAAUCGACGGCCACAGACACGACUUGAGCAGCAUGAUCAUGCUAAAGGACAAUCACAUAUGGGCCAAAGGCAGCAUCACCAAUGCUGUCAAAGCGGCGAGGGCGGUUGGUGGGUUUGCCCUGAAGAUCGAGGUGGAAGUCCAAACGGAGACCGACGCAGACGAGGCCAUUGCGGCCGGUGCCGACGUUGUCAUGCUGGAUAACUUUGACGGUGAGGGCCUCAAAGUGGCUGCGCGAAGCCUGAAAGAACGGUGGCAUGGCAAAAGGCAGGUCCUGUUAGAGAGUAGCGGUGGCUUGACGGAGGCCAACGUCAAGGAGUACAUCAAUAAUGACAUCGAUAUCAUCUCUACGAGUGCCGUACACCAAGGCGUCCCGCAUGUAGAUUUCUCACUGAAGAUUGAUCAUUGA